AAAACUUUAACUACAUACUACGCUAGAUGAACAUCGCAGUAACAUAAUUGGAUUAAAUGAUUCAAAUUCAUGUUUACAUUACACAUUUUCUGUCGAUUUUCGUAUCCCAAAUUCUGUAAUUGGCUGUCUUUGCUGUCAUAUCCAUGACGGAUCCGUAACUAACCUUCACACCGAGCAUUGUCCAUGCAAUGGCCCACCGAGAUGAAGAGGCUAGGAACUUUACAGUUUUCUUUCCUGUUCUUAAAUGUGUUGUUCUGGGCGGUGGGGAUCGGUAUCGUGGGCUUCGUCUCCUGGACACUGUCCUCCCUCCCCAGUAACACAGAGUUCCUCUCAGUGGCCUUUGCUUUCCUGUACGUCAUCUUGUUCUUGGGACUCGUCAUUGCAGCCACAGGACUUUUAGGAUGCCUCGGCGGGUUGUUCAGAAGCAUCUGUCUACUCAAAAUUUAUAUCGGAUUAAUGGUGGCUUUCGUUUUCGUGGAGGUUGCCAUAGCAAUAGGUGCUUACACUCAGAAGGAUCAGAUUCCAACACUGAUCACCUCCACGUGGCCCCAGCUCAACAACGACACAAAGUUCACACUCCAGGCCGGGCUGGAGUGUUGUGGGGUCAACAACUACACAGAGUACGGCGCCAACCUAGCGGACCUCCCCCAAAGCUGCUUCAAGGUCUAUGACACCCUGACGGUCCACACCAAAUCGUGGACUCUUCUCUUCACGACGCCAUGCCUUCAGCAGCUUCAGCACUGGUUCGAUGCUAACCUACCAGUCUGGGCGACAAUACUGGUUCUCAUCUGCCUCAUACAAUUUAUGAGUAUGGGGCUAAGCGUGGGAGUAAUGGUGGGUAUAGAAGAGAGAACCAAAGUCCACCCGGCUCCGGAUCCACCUGACGAGGAACAACCUGCAGACGGCGCAACCAUUGUCUGUUCCGAAUCGCCUCAUCUUCAAUCGUCACGCAUGAGCGAGUUCUCGGACCAGCAGUCCCUGUCCUCGGGGGACACAACAAACCGGAAGUUGUCGCAAGUUCCAGAAGAAGAGGAGGAUUACCUGUCGUCGGGUGUCGUCUGCUGUGACUCCAAGGACGACCUCAGCACCACAAGGUCCCCAGCGUCGUCUGUCCGGCACUUGGUGACAGAAGGCACGGAGGAGACUGGUGUUGGGAAAGAUGAAGUGAACGAGGAGGAAGCGGUCAUAUCCGAGGGUCCAGACAAGUCCGAGGACUCAAUUCCAAGUCACAGGGACCUCCUGGUGGCUUACAGUGAAGAAACCAGGAGAUAUGAGAAUCAGCCAACGCCAGAGACCAAUGAGUUGGAUAACUUCCAGUCCACAGGACUUCAACAAAACAGUGGAGAAAACGCCGCCCAGCAAGAUGAUGUCCGCGGCCAGACAGCGUCUCCCAUCUCCUCACAACCUCCUGAAGACACCUCCGCUGGUGAUAGAGAUGAAGAUAAUAUCGAUGACGUCACCACUGGAAGACAUGUUGAUGAAGGAAGAAUGGGCAUCCAGACAGGACUGGAAGGAGGCGUCCAAUUUCAAGAAAACGACGUCCAGCAUCAGACACUGGAAAGUGAUCAACACGAGACUUCGAAAGAUGCAGACAACAUUUCUAAUGUUCAACCUAGUGAGAGCGAGAUUAAAACAUGCGAACUACAGGAAGGGAGCGGUGACAAAUUAUCGAACAAGAACUUAAGGAAUCACGAAGAAGUGACACUUUGUAGAGAGGGGACAUUUGAUAUUUCAAAGGACGAGAAUCGAGCAUCACAGAACAAUUGAGUACCGUAAUCCAAUUACAUGUACCAGCGAUCUACUACGAGUUAUCCCGCCUUGCGUACUUAACGAAUUUACCGCAAAUCGAAUCAAGUCAAAUAUUGCACUUACUUGUUUAAUUUAUGCGGACUUUGCUGUAGGAAUAAAUCAACUGUAAAUAGAA